AUGGAAGUUCAGCAUCCAAAAAAUCCUCCAAGUAAUGUUGCGAAAUUUACUGGAUACGAUUCUGGAAAUUAUGCCCUUGCCGAUGUUUCUCGCACCUUCACCAAUGAUGAAUGUAUGUCCAGUUGUCGUGCUCCCUUCUUAACACAGCACAGUAUUGCAAAAUACCUGGUACCAUUAACCAAGGAACUCCAAGAAGUACCACUGAGGCCAACAAUAAGUGAACUACCUGAUGCAGUGAUAGAACAUGUUGUGCAACGAGACAAAGCCUUCUGGGUGGAUAAACCAGGGCUCAAUGACUAUACUAUACACGAUGCCUAUUAUAAUUACGGCAUGGUAACCAAAGUUGUGAAACCAACGCAUCAGGACGUGUUUCCUCGUUCGUACCAGUAUGACCUGGACUGCGUUAAAUACAGGCGCAGCCAUGCCUGUGACGGACUUAAACAAGACGGCAGCGAAGAGAGUAAGAAACCCCUGAGUGCCCAUUGUCGUGACUGUCGUAAUUUAAACAUACCGGCCUUGACCGCCUUCCAAUUGGCGUGGGCAACGGAUCCAGGACAAAAACGUUGGAGGAAUUAUCCCGAUCUCACAGAAACAUUGACAGCGCAAGAAAUGCGAAAUUCUAUGAAAGAAGUUGGCCGACCGUUUCGAAAUGAAGCUUGUAACUGGUACUACAAGAACUACCCUCCGGUUAAAUACGAUUGCAUUAUUCGUAAAUUUUCUAAAUAA